UUAUAAAACAAACCAACAAAGCAGAACAAAAACAGCAACAAAAGACAAACAAACAAACGAAAACCCCAGAGAUGUUUAUUUGUGAAUAUCAACACAGACAAUCAUAUAAUAAUAUUGCUAUUUUCCCUAAAAUAUAAUUUUAUGUGUGCUUAUUAGCUAGUUAGCCUGUUUCAGGGAGCAUUGCUUUGUUAGUUGUUUUUUUUAGUUAUAUUAUUUUUGGGAUAUUUUCAUUUGGUUCCUUGAAGAAUGCUUAAAACCCUUUUAAACCAUAAAUGUAUGUGGUAAUUAUUUUUCCUGGUUAUUUUUAUAAAUUUUCAAAUAUCUUUUAAUACCAUUCAGGUUCCAAACAGGGGUUAGAAAUGAGUAAUUUGACUCAAUUUUAUCAAAAAAAAAAAGAAAGAAAGAAAGAAAGAAAAAAAAAGGUUCUCCGUUAGCCCGUACCUUUCUUGACGCUGAUUUGCUGAGCCCAGGCGGAAGCGGAAGCUGGGACAGCAAAGAUGUCCGCGCUUGUUUGAAAACUUGCGGUGGCCCAAAUCCGUACUUUUGUAGCUCAACCGGCUCGUUUUUUUAUGUCAGCACAGGUAACGACACUGUGCUCCAGCAAGCCUCACGAAAAGAAAAUACGAGGACUCCGCCGCAAGAGCCAGACGAUUCCGUAUUAUCAGAAAUAAUGCUGAAAUCUGGAACUCAUGUCGGAAGUCGUGUAUGAAGAGACAGUCACGAUGAUUGCCGCAGGGGAAUUGCAGUCGUUUGUCCCGUUUGGCCGUGAGCACUGUAGGAACCAUCCGAAUGCUUUCAACCUGCAGCUCAGAGAGCUCCAACCCGCCUCCGAGCUCUGGUCAUCAGACGGUGCCGCUGGCCUGGUAGGGUCCCUGCAGGAAGUUAGUCUGCAAGAGAGAGAGAGGGAACACUGGCAAUUAAGAAAAGGCAGCACUGGAGUCAAAGAUGAUGAUGUGGAGUUUGAAGAGGAGCUCUAUGCGGCAGGGAAUGUGGUUGUUUGGAGCAAAGGAAGUCGGACACAAGCCUCCAGUGUGUACAAGGCCUUCACCGUCGACAGCCCAGUGCAGCAGGUUCUAUGGUGCAACUUUGGAGUUCCUCACAGCACUGAUGAAGAGGAUUUUGAGCACACAGUGUGCAUUGUCCAGAGCAGCUGCGUUAACGUUCACAGUGUGACUGGAAAGGAUUUCCUCUCGCCACUACCUUUUCAGGUAUCAAACGCUUGGGCAACACAGUUCGGUUUGUUAUUAGAGAGAAAAAGCGCCGCAAACGACACUCAACUCGGCUCCUCUGGGGAAGCUCUACCUACAUUGUUCAGCAUGCUGCAUCCUCUAGAUGAGAUUGCACCAGUGGUGUGCAAGUCUGGAGGCUUGAUUGAAGGCUCCUGUGUACAGUACGCAUGUGACUCCACCAUGAAGGUCGUGUUCACCAGCAGCCAGCCCUCUAUAGUUGUAUCCUACGACCCCAUGCAGGGAACGCACUCCGUCUGGGCUUUGCGGAAAGUCACACACGAUGAACGCUCUACAGUCUUGAGAUAUCCAACAGAACCGGGUGGGACACUGCUGGGUCUGAUGGCUUCGGGAUUCCUCACCUCUCAUCUGCGUAACACAUCCCGCCUUGAUUCACCUGGUGGCUGUGGGGCAGCGGGCGGCCCGGGAACAGGAUCAAGUUUUGCUGUCGGCUCUCCUUUGCACUACAGUGCUCUGCACAGUCAUCAGAGCAGGAUUGUGACCUCCUCACCAGGAGUUCACUCCCGAGUUCAUUCCCCAAGCAUUUCCAACAUGGCUGCAUUAAGCCGUGCCCACUCUCCAGGGAUGGCAGCUCCGUCUUUUACCGGAGCGGCUCGAUUCAGUCAGUCCUUCAACAGCCCGAACUCCAGGGGGCACCUUGGCCGUUUACCCUCUCCUAACAGCACCCUGAACGAGUCAGUGCUGGUGCCAGAGAUGGAGCCCAUCAUACCCAACCUCUGCAUGGAGCAGCUGUGGAGUGAGACGGUCACUGCAGGCUGUCACAGGGAGAUGAGCAGUCAAGCAUCCAAAGUGUUCACUACUUCUGACCUCUGUGAAAACCACUACCUCUGUUUCCUGGUGGAAUCUCAUCAGCAGCUCAGAUGUGUAAAGUUUAUCGAAAGCAACGAUUCGUCUCAGCUCAUUUUCCCUUCGGUCACAACAAUUCCUGCCAAGGAUGCAGAACCUUUGGAGAGUAUAAAUGCCAUGUUGGUUCUGGAGGCCUGUGGUAGCUUGGUUCUUUACACAGGAAUCACCAGGGUCAGUAAAGUGUUCGUACCCGGCCUUUUGUCACCUUCUUUUAGUUUAAGUAGCCACGCCCCCCACCUGAGCACACCUGUGGAAAAUGUCAGCACACCUGCCAACUCCAGCCACAGACACAUCCAGGCACUUGAGGAGGACAACAUGCCGUCACCGCUAUCAGGCGGUAGAGGUCCACAUAUGAAACACCACGAGGGGUCAUUUUUAGAAGAUUACAUCUUUCAGAAAGCUACACCUAACAUUCAGACGUUACGGGAUCCUGUCUUCAACAGAGUCACUCUGGAACUGAGCAGUGGCUCCAUGCUGAGGAUUUCCAUCCCUGAGAUUGCCACCUCUGAUUUAGUGAGGAACUGCCUUCAGGUGAUUCGGUUUAUACUUCCCAAGGAAGCAGCCAUGAAGGUUUUGGUAAAGUGGUACAACAUCUACAAUGCCCCCGGUGGUCCCAGUGCUCAUGCGGAGUGGAACCAGUUUGUCACGUGUUUUAUGGCGCUGAUGGGCUACAACACCGAACGGCUUUCAUGGACUCAGCAUCUGCAUUUUGAAGUUCCUCUCUCGCCGGUGAUUGCAGCCAAGAAGGCUCGGCCUUCAGACGGAGGAUCUGAUGAGGACUGGGACUACCUGAUGGCUUCUCAUUACCACCAGCAGAUGACUUCCCAGUCCGCUUGUGGAGCGGCAGAAACCAGCGGGGCUAAAAAUAACAUCCGCUCCGACACUGAAAGCUCGUCUAGCGCAUCUUCAUCCUCCAGCCCGUCUUUUAAGUUGGACAGUUCCGCUCCUCUGUUCCCUCACAUUCCUGCACUUUUCUACGUCCUCCACCUGCUCUACCAGGAGCUGCAGCUGGACGAACUCCACCGAUCCCGAGCCGCCUCUCUCGUCUGUUUGCUUCAGCAGCUCGCCAGAGACCUUCAGAUGGAUGAGUAUCUUGAUUUGUACUGGAGAGACUACCCAUCAUUAAUCAGCUGUUUCACUGAGAGCUGCAUCAUUGAUCAGGCUCUGAUUGGUCAGAUGCAGCGUCCGUCAUCGAUGAGCUCUGAGCCUCCAUGUGUUUUUAGCUGGCUCAGCAGCUGCCUGAGAGGGGAGGAAACUCCCCCCUUCCCUUACCUGCCCGGCAUCUGUCAGCGGACCAGGCUGUUGGUUCUGAGUUAUGCUCUAUAUGUCAACGGAGAUGAAAAUGCCACAUCAACAGAUGUAUCAAAGUACAUCGUCAAGGUUUCUGCAGGGCAGAAAUUCUGCACAAGUGAACCACAUAUCAAAAGACAGAACAGUGUGAAAGUUCGGUUUUCCAGUGAAAGUUUAGCAGAGCAGCUGGUGGUGUGGCUCACUUCAGAGGGUUUCACCCUGAAAGACUUGGAGUCGGUCCCUUUCGGCGUGGCUUUGCCCAUCAGAGAGGCCAUCUAUCGCUGUCGGGAGAAGCCCCGCUCUGAUUGGUCAGAGGAAGUCUGUCUGCUGAUUGGGAGACAGGACCUGACGAAACAAGCUCACAACAUGACUCUGGCCAAGACUAAAGCUUCUGUAGGUUCAGGGCUGUCACUGGAGCCUCCCGCUACAACAGAGGCCGAUGAGGAAGAAGACGGGAUGUCUGACAUCAUUCAAGAGGUUACAGGACUCAUUUGGAGUCAGGAUCUUCGGGUCCAGGAGGUUAGGAGGCUUCUGCAGAGCUCCAGACCAGUGCGAGUCAGUGUUGUCCAGUUACCUGAGGUUUCUGACCAUGAGUACAUAGAGGAGAAGGAAAAUAAACUCCUGCAGUUGUGUCAGAGGACCAUGGCUCUUCCAGUUGGCAGAGGCCUCUUCACUCUCUUCUCCUAUCACCCUGUUCCCACAGAACCUUUACCUGUGCCAAAGCUCAAUCUUACAGGUCGAGCACCUCCCAGGAACACCAUGGUAGAUCUGAACAGUGGAAACAUAGACGUUCCUCCAAACAUGACCAGCUGGCCCAGCUUCCACAAUGGAGUAGCAGCUGGUCUCAAAAUAGCUCCAGCUUCCCAGGUGGAGUCGGCCUGGAUCGCUUACAACAAGCCAAAGACUCCUGAGCUGGCCAAUGAAUAUGCUGGCUUCCUCAUGGCUCUGGGACUCAACGGACACCUCACCAAACUGGCCACACUCAACAUUCACGACUACCUCACCAAGGGCCAUGAGAUGACUAGCAUCGGACUCCUGCUGGGUGUGUCUUCCGCCAGAUUAGGCACGAUGGACAUGUCCAUCACUCGUUUGUUGAGUAUCCACAUCCCCGCCCUUCUCCCGCCCACCUCCACGGAGCUGGAUGUGCCUCACAAUGUUCAGGUCGCCGCUGUAAUCGGCAUCGGGCUUGUGUACCAGGGGACUGGACACAGACACAAUGCAGAAGUCUUACUGUCGGAGAUAGGCCGGCCUCCUGGCCCAGAGAUGGAGUACUGCACUGACAGAGAGUCCUACUCACUUGCUGCUGGAUUGGCUUUGGGCAUGGUCUGUUUGGGGCAUGGAAGUAACCUUAUUGGAAUGACGGACCUCAACGUUCCUGAGCAGCUGUACCAGUACAUGGUGGGGGGGCAUCGCAGAGCUCAGGUUGGGGCCAAUCGCGAGCGACACAAGUCUCCCAGCUACCAAAUUAAGGAAGGUGACACCAUCAACGUGGAUGUGACAUGUCCCGGGGCGACGCUUGCCCUCGCCAUGAUCUACCUCAAGACCAACAACAGGUCGAUUGCUGAUUGGCUGAAACCUCCAGAUACUUGGUUCCUGCUGGACUUCAUUAAGCCAGAGUUUCUGCUGUUGAGGACUCUUGCUCGAUGUAUUAUCAUGUGGGAUGAAAUCCUUCCCAAUACCGAAUGGGUCAAGAGUAACAUACCCCAGAUAAUCAGGGAAAAUAUCGACCCAUCAGAGGACAUUAACAUGGAUGCAAUGACCCAAGCUCAAGACUACAUCACGGCUGGAGCCUGCAUGGCUUUAGGUCUACGCUUUGCCGGUUCUGCCAAUUCGGAUGCCUUUGAUUGCCUCUAUGAGUUUGCCAAGACCUUCAUGAAGAUCAUGUCCUUUGCUGGGACGGCUCCUGUUGGCACUACCAGUUACUACAACCUGCAAACGGGCCUAUCCAUGGUCCUCCUGGCCAUGUCCAUGAUAAUGGCCGGAACCGGAGACCUGAAGGUGCUGCAGCUGUGCCGCUUCCUCCACAAGCGCACCGGAGGCGAGAUGAACUACGGCUUCCACAUGGCUCAUCACAUGUCCCUCGGUUUGCUUUUCCUCGGAGGAGGCAGGUACACUCUGAGCACCUCUAACUCUGCCAUCGCCGCCCUCCUGUGUGCCUUGUACCCCCAUUUUCCUGCUCACAGCACAGACAACCGUUACCACCUGCAGGCCCUGAGGCACCUGGCUGUUCUGGCUGCUGAGCCUCGCCUGCUGGUUCCUGUGGACGUGGACUCCUUAAAGCCUUGCUAUGUCCUCUUGGAAGUCACCUAUAAGGACACAAAGUGGUACAAAGAAACAACCGUGGAGCUGAUGGCUCCCACCCUGCUUCCUGAGCUGCAUCUUUUAAAGCGGGUGAAGGUGAAGGGCCCACGCUACUGGGAACUGUCAGUAGACCUCAGCAAAGAAACACAACAUCUGAAAUCGAUCCUGUCAAGAGAUGGAGUUUUGUACGUCAAACUUCGGGCCGGUCAGCUGCCCUACAAAGAUGACCCUCAGGGCUGGAAGAGCCUCCUGGCCACGGCCAUCAACCACUUGAACUCUGGAGUCAGGGCUUUUAAGCCUGAAGCCAUCUCUACGUUCACCUCUGAACCUGUUCUCAUCUCCUUCGCCGAGUUCUUCUGUAAAACAUCAGACGGGAUGAAACACAAAGAAGACACUCAGCUGCUGUUUUCUGCAAUGCUCUAUGAAUGUGUGACGAAGGAGUGUCCAGAGAUGCUGCCCACGUAUAUCGCUAUUGAGCAGGCGGUGACGGCUCUGCGCCACGGUGACCUGCAGCAGACGUUUCCCUUGUGGCAGCUUCGCCUGGUGAUCGAGUUCUGGGACAGCAGAAUGCUCCGAAGUUCCAGCAACCGCCACGACACGCUGCUGACGUCGGAGUUCCUGCCUGUCAUGAAGAACGCUGUAGAUGUGGCUCUGGACAGUUGGGUUAAAGAAAACAGUGUUGUCGUGAGGUCCUACAUGAGGGGGCAGGUGCUCUUCAGAGACGCUCAGUCCCUGAUGCUGGCCUGCUUCCUGAUUUAUCGCUCCAUCCCCUUUCUGAAGAACACGCGCACUCAGCUGGAGGGCUGCACUUCUUUUGGGGAUUUGGUGUCACACAGUAGCCAGCUCGGUAUCCCUCUGAGAGAUUUACUCCGCCUGGUACCCAUCCUGCUGGACUCAGCAUCCCACAGUCUCCUGGGUUUCCCUCUGCAGGCCUUUUCUUCAUGAUCUUUUAACCAGUCGCCAGGUUUACAGAUUCGUUGGGUCAACGCUGGAGUUUCAGAUGGAACCGAGGUCAACACACAGUCUGUAGUAAUAUGUUGCAAGUAUGAUGCAAAGUCAUCUUGAAUCGUGGCAUAACUGCAACAAGCUCUCAGCUUGAGAGUUUUUGUGUAAUAUAGUCUUAUGUAUAGAAUUUUUUACAGGUCCUCUGCAGUCAUCACAAGGUUUAUGUAAUGAAACAACAAACCUAAAUGUU